UCUUGUAAUUCAAAUGUUAUUAAUCAAAUUCUUUUGGCAGUUCAAAAUGCCUUCACAGGGACACUUUGAUCAGGUUGCUGCUGUGACCAGAGACUAUAUUGCACAGCCUCACCUGUGCUAUAAAACUGUCACUGGUGUCAAUGGCCCUCUUGUUAUUCUUGAUGAUGUCAAAUUCCCUAAGUUUGCUGAGAUUGUGAACCUGCAUCUUGCUGAUGGAUCAGAGCGCAAAGGACAAGUCUUGGAAGUCAGCGGAUCCAAAGCUGUUGUACAGGUGUUUGAGGGAACCUCUGGAAUUGAUGCCAAGCACACUGUGUGUGAGUUCACUGGAGAUAUCAUGAGGACUGCUGUCUCAGAAGAUAUGUUGGGUCGAGUUUUCAAUGGCUCUGGCAAGCCCAUUGACAAUGGACCUGCUGUACUGGCUGAAGAUUUUCUAGAUAUCCAGGGUCAGCCCAUCAAUCCGUGGUCCCGUACCUAUCCUCAGGAGAUGAUCCAGACCGGAAUUUCCUCCAUUGAUGUCAUGAACUCCAUUGCCAGAGGUCAAAAGAUCCCAAUCUUCUCUGCUGCUGGUCUGCCUCACAACGAGAUUGCUGCUCAGAUCUGUCGUCAGGCCGGUCUCGUGAACGCAGCUCAAGCCACCAAAGGUAGCGUCAUUGAUGACCACCACGAUAACUUCGCCAUCGUCUUUGCCGCUAUGGGUGUCAACAUGGAGGCCGCCCGAUUCUUCAAACAGGACUUCGAAGAGAACGGUUCAAUGGAGAACGUGUGUCUCUUCCUGAACCUGGCCAACGAUCCGACCAUCGAGCGUAUCAUCACGCCGCGUCUGGCGCUCACCACGGCCGAGUAUCUGGCCUACCAGUGCGAGAAGCACGUGCUUAUCAUCCUCACUGACAUGAGCUCAUACGCUGAAGCGCUGCGUGAGGUGUCGGCUGCUCGAGAGGAGGUGCCCGGCCGUCGCGGUUUCCCCGGUUACAUGUACACCGAUUUGGCGACUAUCUACGAGCGCGCAGGACGUGUGGAGGGCAGGCAGGGAUCGAUCACACAAAUCCCUAUCCUCACUAUGCCCAACGAUGACAUCACGCAUCCCAUUCCUGAUCUGACGGGCUACAUCACUGAGGGCCAGAUCUACGUAGACCGUCAGUUGCACAACCGUCAGAUCUACCCACCCAUCAACGUGCUGCCUUCGCUGUCUCGUCUCAUGAAGUCUGCCAUCGGAGAGGGCAUGACUCGCCGCGACCACAGCGACGUGUCCAACCAACUCUAUGCGUGCUACGCCAUCGGCAAGGAUCUGCAAGCCAUGAAGGCAGUGGUCGGUGAGGAGGCCUUGACUUCUGACGAUCUUCUUUACUUGGAAUUCCUGGCCAAGUUCGAGAAGAACUUCCUGACGCAGAGCUCGUACAGCAAGAGGAGCGUCUUCGAGUCACUGGAUAUUGGAUGGCAGUUGCUGCGUAUCUUCCCCAAGGAAAUGCUCAAGCGCAUUCCUGCCAGUACACUGGCCGAAUUCUACCCUCGUGACCGACCUCAGUAGGAUGUUUAAGAUGAAGGGAUGUUCUAUGUCCGUUAUGGUUUACGUUUGCUACCCAAGUUCAUAAGUUUACCUGGAUUUUGUGGUGUUCGUGAUGUUGAUGUACAUUAAUAGUGGGUACCGCCAUCUUUUUGUGUAGAUAGAACAUAAUAUGAAACUGAAAAUGUUUGUAUUCUAUUUAUUUGUAACUUAUCUUUAGUGUGAAGAGAGCGUGGAUUAUACAUUAUUUGUUUGCAAUCGAUCAUGAACUUUUUAGUAAGAAUUGUGUCGAAACAUCGGUGUUUUAAAGGCUUCAGUUUGCGUCAAGUCUGCGUGAACUAUUUUAUUGGAGUACUUUAAUCAUUCCAAGACAGUUGAAUAAGAAUUAUCUCGACUCGUGUAUAGAUAUUGUUUAUUGCUGCGGUGGUAUUAAAAAAUGUAAAUGAAA